AUGGUGAGCAGUGGCCCACUGCCCACUGCCCACUGUCCACUGCCCCCUGCCCACUGCCACCAGAUGUCCACUGUGUCCCCUGUCCACUGUCCACUGCCUACUGGUCAGACCAAAGUGAAGAGGGCGGGGCAGUGUUGUGACGACUGUGUUGCCGCCAAGGGCAGCUGCCUGUACGAGCUCACCGUCCGUUACCACGGUGACAUGUGGAACGUCACCGACUGCGAGUUCUGCACCUGCGAGGGAGGACAGGUCCUCUGCCAGAGAGCCCAGUGUGCCCGAGUCCAAUGUCCAACGGGUUCAGAGCUGGUCCACCUACCAGGGAAGUGUUGUCCUGAGUGUCAGUCCAUGAAGACCUCCUGUGUCUACCCAGACCCUGAUCUGUCCUCAGGGAUAUCUCAGAGACCACUAGUGAACCAGGAGAGAUGGAAUGAGGGCCCCUGUAGGGAAUGUGAGUGUCGUGAAGGCAGGGUGACCUGCUACUUGAUGUCCUGCCCCACCUGCCCCCUGGGGACCCUGGCUGUACCCCACCAGGGAACCUGCUGCCCUGAGUGUAAACAGGUCCAGUGCCAGAGUGACUGCCUGUCUUGCUCGGGGACACCUGACCACUGUGAUAGGUGUAAGGACGCUACCUCUCUGCUUCUGGACGGACGCUGUGUGUACAGCUGUCCUCGCGGUUACUAUGCCGAUGGAAAAGUGUGUACAGCCUGCCAGUCGUCCUGUGCCACCUGUGAGAAUGACUUUGAGUGCUCGUCCUGUGGGGGGUCCUUGCUAUUAAACAACAGGCACUGCGUGGCCACCUGUGACCCGGGGUCCUACCAGGACCCCACUCAGUGCCUGCGUUGCCAUGCAUCCUGUUCAGUGUGUGUGGGGCCGGGCCAGCUGGAGUGUGUGUUGUGUUCUGACCCGUCCCACCUGCUCAGAGAUGGACUCUGUGUCCGAGACUGUGGAUCAGGCUUCUACAUCCAACAAGGCACCUGUUAUGCGUGCGACUCAUCCUGCAUCACCUGUUACCCCGACAACCCCAACUGCAUGAGCUGCCCCCCGGGAUCUGCUAUGCAUCAUGGGAAAUGUAUUUCCCACUGUCCGGAUCAGCAUUACCUUGACAGUCAUGGCCACUGCAGAGCCUGUCACAGCUCCUGCUGGUCCUGCUCCGGCUCCGCUGUGUCCCAGUGUUCCCUCUGCACCCAGGGACUGUCCUUCCACCAGGGCCAGUGUCUGGAGGCCUGCGGACAGGGGCUGUACCAUCAGGAUGGGACCUGCCUGAACUGCCACCCAUCCUGUAGGACAUGUGUGGGUCCCCUGUCCUCUGACUGUCUGAGGUGUCUGAAACCAGAGGAGGCCCUGCAGCCACGGACCGGUCCGCCUCACACACCACUACCUCACGGAGUGUGUGUGGCCCAAUGCCCUGCCUCAUUCUACCUGGACACACAACACACAUGCAGAGAAUGCCACACUUCCUGUUUACAGUGCACAGGAGGAAGUAGUCAGAACUGUACUUCCUGUUCCCCGCCCUACGUCCUCCAGGAAGGCCAGUGCGUCUCCAGAUGUCCCCCAGGACACACCGUCCAGGACAACACUUGCCAAGGGUGCCACCCGUCCUGCCAGGAGUGUUCAGGUACGUCCCAGGCUGACUGUGUGUCCUGUCCCCCCCUGGCCAUCUUCAACAAUGGCUACUGCAGGACUAGCUGUCCAGAUGGACUGUUCUUACACCCCCAAGGAUUCUGCCAGGAAUGCAGCAGUAAUUGCCAGCGCUGUGUGGCAGACCUCCAGACGGGCAUGGGCAGUGUGUGUCUGUGGUGUAAGGUUGCUAGGACCCUGUUGCUGGGAGACCACUGUGUCUCCCACUGUCCUCAAGGUCACUACCCCUGGCAUGGAGCCUGUAAGAGAUGCCAUGUUUCCUGUGAGGGUUGCAGUGGGGAGUGGCCUCUGUCUUGUACUUCCUGUCCCACCCCGAGCGUUCUACUGACCUCAGGUCUCUGUGGCCCCGCCUGCCCCUUGGGUUACUAUGCCGACAGAGACAGACGCUGCAGAGCCUGUGACGGCCAGUGUCUGUCCUGUGAGCUGAGUGGCGUGUGUACGGCGUGCCGUGACCCGGGAAAGGUUCUGCUGUUUGGAGAGUGCCGGUAUGACAGCUGUGCCUACCAGUACUACCUCAACACCACCACGCGCACCUGCAGAGAGUGUGACUGGAGCUGUAAUGAGUGUAAGGGUCCUCUGCGUACUGACUGCCUGCAGUGUAUGGAGGGACAUGUUCUGCAGGACGGACUCUGUGUCCAGGGCUGCUCCUCGGGGUCCUACCAGGAUGGAGAGAGAUGCCUCAGGUGUGAUGAGCAGUGUGAGGGAUGCCAGGGCCCAGGUCAGUGUGGGCGGUGCCCCUCCUAUGUAACCCUGCGGGGUCGCUGUGUGUUGGAGUGUGGAAGGAACAACUUUCUGGACUCCUCUCUACAGCUUUGUACAUCAUGCUCUGCUGACUGUGUGGAGUGUGAGGGGAUGGGACGUUGCACCGUUUGUAGACAGGACACCUACCUAAGAGACGGAUACUGCACUCCGGACUGUGGACAUGGUUUCUAUGCUGAUAAGAAGACCUGGACAUGCCAUGCUAACAGCCAGGCCCCAACCCUGCGUAUCAGUGGAUCUCUGUUGGUGCCCAUUGGGGGAACCAAACCCCUGGUCACCAGUUUAAUCUCUGCCCAGGACCAAGACAGCCCUCCAGAGAGCCUGGUGUUCCAGCUGCUGCAGCCCCCCAUGACAGGCUGUGUGGUUGUCCUGGAGGAGGGCAGGGAGACAGAGUUGGCCCGGGACGACACUUUCUCCUGGGCUCAGCUAGAGAGCGGACAGGUCCGCUUCACACAUGACAAGGACAAGGCGAGGAGUGGACAGUUCUCCCUGCGUGUGACUGACCCUCAGCUCUUCUCCCGACCAGAGAUGAUCCAGGUCCAGGCAGUGUCCAUGCAGGCCCCGCAGAUUCUUACCCUCAAUCCUUUGCUGGUGAACGGAGGAAAGAUGUCGGUCAUCUCCAAGACCGUGCUUCAGAUUGACGACCCAGACAACCCUCAGGACGUCCUGGUCACGGUCCUGGACCCGCCCCAACAUGGCCGUCUGACCCGUCCCCACGGCGACCGGGCGCUGAGCCAAUUCAAGAUGGAGGAGUUGUCACGGGAACAGGUGCAGUACCUCCACGACGGGUCGCUGGGGAAACGGGACAGGAUACUGCUACAGGUCAACGAUGGACACAGCUACCAGAACAUUCUACUGCAGAUCAACAUCACUCAGAAGCUUACCCAGGCUCCUCGUGUUCUGUCGGUGCCCGUCACGUGGGUGAGAGAGGGAGGCAUGGUACGGUUGGGGAAGAGGUAUCUGAGGACAGAGUAUCAGGGUGCCAGCGAUGACCAGAUCGUCUACACCAUAGUGCGCUCCAAAGGAAGCCCCAAAUAUGGUAAAGUGGUGUUGGUGCCCAUGCCAGCCGACGGCCCGGUGGAAGGCUGGCAGCCCUCGCCCGAUGACAGGAGCUCUACCCCAACCUCCUCCUUCACUCAGCAGGAUGUGAAUGAGGGCACUGUGUGGUACAAACACUUUGGCGCUGCCGGGUCCAGUGGGCCUCAAGGAGACACCUUACAGUUCCAGGUGACCAGUGAGGGUUCUCCAGACACGCUGAGUGAUGCUCAGACCUUCACCAUCGGAGUGAUGCCUGAACUCCCAGUUCCCCAGCUAGCACCUGCCUGUGACCUACACAUGACUGCUCUGGAAGAUCGUGUGACCGUGCUGACACCCACAGAUUUGUCCUUUGUGGACUCUGAGACUCCCAGUGAAAAGCUGGUCUACAACAUCACCAGGCCCCUACCUCAGGAACAAGGUUCCGUGGAACAUUGUGACAGACCCUACAACUCAGUGUCCUUCUUCACCCAAGCUGACAUCAACCAGGGCCGGAUCCAGUACCGCCCUCCGCAGGCCCCCCCUCACCUCCAGGAGCUCUACCAAUACUCCUUCACUGGUGAUAUUAAAUAGCCAUGUAUUGGUCUCCCAAAAUCGCUGAAUAUCUAUUUCACAGUGUCAGAUGGAGAACACACUACUCCAGAGAUGAGCUUGUCCCCCGUCUUCCAGAUCAUAGAGCCUGUUCUGGAGGUCAGCAUCAUGGGGGAGAACCCUAUAGGUGGGCAGCAGCUGGCAGUAACGGAUGCAGACACAGAGUCUGAUGACUUGAGGUUUGAGGUGGUGGAAGGACCGAUACGUGGAACACUGGUCAAGAUGGAGUUGGACUCAAGGACUGAGAUGAUGAAUGGCGACAUGUUUUCCUUCAGUGAUGUGACCCACAACGUUCUGCAGUAUGAACAUUCCGGACUCUCCACUGACGAGGACGCCAUCACCUUCGCUGUUACAGACGGCUUCUCCAUGACGACGGCGGUGGUGCAGGUGGUUGUGUUGGGCGUCGGGGGCGACGGGCCCAGGAGAGACCCAGAGGCCCUGCUGUCCAUGGAGGUUCCUGAGAACAGUAGUAGUGUCAUCAGACGCACUCACCUGGGUUAUAGGAGCGACACCUCUCCAGAUGAGAAGAUACGUAUUCAGCUGGUGUCAGUUCCUAUGUACGGCAUCCUGACCAGGACAGGGUCAGACUCAGACCACCAGGAGAUGACAGAGUACUCCUCUUUCACUAUGGAAGACAUCAACAAACACAGGAUCAGGUACAUCACUUCCUUUGAGACAGGAAACCAACCAGUGACAGACAUCUUCCAUUUCAUUGUUUACGACGGUGAGAACAAUCGCCUUGACAACCAGAUGUGCACCAUCACCAUCACCUCAAAGCGGACACAGCCUCCAGUGGUCGCUGUCCGCAGUGGCAUCAAGUCUCUGCAGCAGAGUAAAGAGGAGAAGGCCCCAGUGGUGUCAGUGAACAGGGUGGAGGAAACCUCAGGAGUGGUCAUCACUAACUCCUCGCUCAACGUCCUGGACCAGGACACACCAGACAACGACAUCAUCAUCACCGUCGCCAAGCCACCUACCUACGGCAAGCUGCGUAGACGCCAGUUCUACUCCCAGCCUCUGGAGAACGGUCUGGUUCUGUCUCAGGGUUCCACGUUCACCUACCAGGAUGUGUUGGAUCAGCUUCUGGUGUACACCCCUGACGUGGCCAGCGGGGGCAGUGACGAGCUAGCCUUCUCCCUGACCGACGGCAUCCACACCAGUGCCGGGCGGCUCACCUUCACCAUCGACGUCAGGAAGACUGAAGGACCAAGGAUGACAGGCGCAGCGUCUAAGAUCACUGAGCAGAACCUGAAAGGAUCAGAUUCCGACUCAGACAGCCUGAAGCUGAGAUACAUCCUGAUCAAAGAUCCUCCUGUAGGAAGACUACAGCUUUCUAAAGGAGGAGGACAGGACGCGGUGGCUGUUAAAGGACCUGUCAAGAGCUUCACACAGGAGGAGGUCAACAAAGGUCUGUUGGAGUACAGUCAUGAAAAGGGAGAUGAAGGAGGGAGCAUCUCCUUCAAGUUCAACCUGGUGGAUCCAGACGGCAACAAACUGAUCGACCAGUCGUUCUACAUCUCUAUACUAGAGGACCACCUGCCUCCCUCUGUGGUAGUGAAUAAGGGUCUGGUGUUGGAUGAGAACUCGGUGAAGAAGCUGACUACUCUCCAGCUGUCAGCUACAGACCAGGACAGUGAGCCUGGAGAACUGGUGUAUCGCAUCACCAAGCAGACUGCACUGGGACACCUGGAGCACGCCAGAACCCCAGGAAGCCAAAUUACUUCCUUCUCCCAGGCUGACCUGGCUUCACGUAGCAUCCAGUACGUUCACACCAGCGAAGAAGAGAAGCACACAGACGAGUUCUCAUUCAUAGUAUCUGACGGGGUUGCCCAGACGUUCUACAUCACCAUCCGGCCGGUGGAUGACUCCUUCCCCCUGCUGGUGGUUCCUGGGAUGAGGGUUCAGGAGGGGGUCAGGAAGAGCAUCACUGAGUUUGAACUGAAGGCCACUGACGCUGACACAGAGGAGGAGUCUAUCACCUUCACCGUAGUCCAGGCCCCCCGUCACGGCACCAUGGAGCGGACCAACAACGGACAGCACUACCGUCAGACCAACAGCUUCACCAUGGACGACGUCUACCAGAACAGAAUCAGCUACAAUCACGAUGGAUCCAACUCACUGAAGGACAGAUUCACCUUCACUGUAGCUGACGGGACUAACGUCUUCUUUAUGGUGGAGGAGGCAGGCAAAGAGGUGUUGACUGCUGCACCCCAGAUGUUUAAGAUCGACAUUCUACCUGUUGAUGAUGGAACACCUCGUAUCGUCAUAAACCUGGGUCUGCAGUGGCUGGAGUACACAGACAACAAGGCCACCAACCUGAUCAGUAAGAAGGAGCUGUUGACCAUGGACCCAGACACAGAUGAUGGUCAGCUGGUCUAUGAGGUCACAGCAGAGCCUAAACACGGCUUCCUGGAGAGCAAACUGAAACCUGGCGCUCCCAUCACCACCUUCACACAAGCUGACGUUAACCUGGGCUUGAUCCGCUACGUGCUCUUUGAAGAGAGCGUGACAGAGACCGUGGACAACUUUAAGUUCCUGGUGAAGGACGGCAAGCCCAACAUUGUCUCUGAUAACCUGUUCCAUAUCCAGUGGUCCCUCGUCAGCUUCCAACACCGGAGCUACAAUGUGAGUGAGAAGGCUGGCAUGGUGUCGGUCACAGUGAAGAGGACGGGUAACCUGAACCAGUAUGCCAUCGUGCUGUGUCGUACGGAGCAGGGCACUGCCACCUCUACCUCCAGUGUGGGUUCUCUCCCCGGACAGCACGACUACGUGGAGUACGCUGGGCAGGUCCAGUUUGACGAGCGGGAGGACACCAAGGUGUGUACCGUAGAGAUCCAGGAUGACAAGGUGUUUGAAGGUGUGGAGAGUUUCCAGAUGGAGCUGAGCAUGCCCGUCUACGCCCUCCUGGGUCAGGUGACCCGCGCCAGCAUCAACAUCAACGACACAGAGGACGAACCCACACUGCAGUUUGACAAGAAGACCUACCACGUCAACGAGAGUACCGGGUUUAUACAUGCCCCUAUAGAGAGGAAAGGUGACACCAGCAGUACGGUCUCGGCUCUCUGUCACACGGUCCCUAAGUCAGCUAAGGGAAGCGGUCCACACGGCCUGGAGUCUGGGUCUGACUAUAAGAGUCGAGGUAUGACUGGCGACAGCAGGGUCGUCUUCGGCCCCGGCGUCUCCGCGUCCACCUGCGACGUCAAGCUCAUCGACGACAGCGAAUACGAACUCUCCGAGGAGUUUGAGCUCCACCUGUCGGACGCCUCGGAUAGCCGCAUGGGCGAUGUCAGCGUGGCGACGGUGGUUAUCCACGGGCCAAAUGAUGCUUCGACGGUAUCCCUGGGAAACGCUACGUUUACGUUCAGCGAGGACGUCGGCACCAUAGAGAUCCCAGUGAUGCGUCAGGGCAGUGACCUGUCGUCGGUGACCUCUGUGUGGUGCGCCACGCGCCCCUCCGACCCCCCCUCCGCCACCCCCGGGGUCGACUACAUCCCCUCCUCCAGGAAGGUGGAGUUCAAAGCCGGAAAGACUGUGGAGACGUGCAGUCUGACCAUCAUGGAUGACAUCCAGAACCCAGCCAUAGAGGGGGCUGAGUCCUUUGUAGUGUUCCUCUCCUCCCCUCAGGGGGCCAUCCUUCUGGAACCUUUCCAAGCCUCCGUGGUCGUCACGGACACCUUGGACCUUCCCAGCAUGCAGUUUGAGAAGACGGCGUACAAGGUGACGGAGAAGGAGGGCGUGCUGGACAUCCCCGUCGUUCGAACGGGAGACCUGACGGUCAAGUCCUCUGUCCGUUGCUUCACUCGCACCAUGUCUGCCAUGGUGAUGGACGACUUUGAGGAGAGGAGGAACGCAGACGACUGGCGUAUCUCCUUCCUCCAGGGAGAGAAGGUAAAGAACUGCACGGUGCACAUCAACGACGACUCGGUGUUCGAGCCUGAGGAGGAGUUCCAGGUGCAUCUUGGGACGCCGCUUGGGGACCAAUGGAGUGGAGCCUUGGUGGGAGUUAGUGACGUUGUCACGGUAACCAUCACUAACGACGAGGACGUCCCCACCAUAGAGUUUGAGCAGACGUCGUACCAGGUGAGGGAGCCCCCCGGGCCAGACGGCAUCGAGGUGCUUAACAUCAAGGUGGUCAGGACAGGAGACCAGGACCGCACCUCCAAGGUCCGCUGCAGCACCCGGGACGGAUCAGCCCAGUCCGGAGUGGACUACAACCCCAAGAGCAGGGUCCUCAAGUUCACCCCUGGCAUUGACCACAUCCUGUUCAAUGUGGAGAUUCUGUCCAAUGAGGACAGAGAGUGGCACGAGUCCUUCUCGUUGGUCCUCGGCCCUGACGACCCAGUGGAGGCGGUGCUUGGAGAGAUCACCACGGCAACAGUCACCAUCCUGGACCAGGAAGCUGUGGGGAGUCUCAUCCUCCCGGCCACGCCCAUUGUGGUUUCUCUGUCAGACUAUGAUAACGUGGCUGAGGUGUCCAGGGAGGGCAGUAAGAAGCAGCCGUCGCCUGGUUACCCCCUGGUGUGUGUGACGCCCUGCGACCCCCACUACCCCAAAUACUCUGUGAUGAGGGAGCGCUGCGGCGAGGCAGGCAUCAACCAGACCUCUGUUCACUUCUCCUGGGAGGUGGCUGCCCCUACAGACACCAGCGGGGCCAGGUCACCCUUCGAGACCGUCACUGAUACCACACCCUAUACUGGUGUUAACCAUAUGGUCCUGGACAGUAUCUAUUUCUCUCGGCGGUUCCAUGUACGCUGUGUGGCUCAGGCCCGGGACAAGUCCGGCCAUCUUGGAACACCCCUGAGGAGUAACAUAGCGACCGUCAGCACCGAGUGUUCCAUCUGCCACACCCCCGUCACCACGGGAACCGCCAGAGGGUUCCAGGCCCAGUCGUUCAUCGCCACGCUGAAGUACCUGGACGUCAAACACAAGAGGCAUCCGAACCGUAUCCACAUCUCGGUGCAGAUCCCCCACCAGGACGGUAUGCUGCCCCUAGUAUCCAGCAUGCCCCUCCACAACCUGCACUUCCUGCUGUCAGAGUCCAUCUACAGACAACAGCACGUCUGUUCUAACCUGGUCACUCUCAAAGACCUGCAGGGUGUCUCCGAGACGGGUUUCCUGGAUGAUGUCCAGUAUGACAGUAUCUCUCUGGGUCCGGGUUAUGACAGACCCUACCAGUUCAACCCCGGUGUCCGAGAGGCUCAGAGCAUCCGGCUGUAUAAACACCUCAACAUGAGGAGCUGCAUCUGGACCUUCGAUGCCUACUACGACAUGACGGAACUCAUAGACGUCUGUGGAGGCUCAGUCACUGCCGACUUCCAGGCGAGGGACUCGGCCCAGUCGUUCCUGACGGUGCAGGUUCCUCUCUACGUGUCGUAUAUCUACGUAACAGCUCCCAGGGGCUGGGCUUCACUGGAACACCACACUGAAAUGGAGAUCUCUUUCUUCUACGACACCGUGCUCUGGAGGACAGGCAUCCAGACAGACAGUGUUCUGUCAGCCAGACUCCAGAUCAUCAGGAUCUACAUAAGAGAAGAUGGUCGUAUGGUCAUCGAGUUCAAAACACACGCCAAGUUCAGGGGCCAGUUUGUCCCAGAACACCACACCCUGCCUGGCCACAAGUCCCACCUGAUGGUCCCGGACCACCUGGGGGGGAUAGAGUUCGACAUGCAGCUCAUCUGGAGCGCCCAGUCCUUUGAUUCUCCCUACCAGCUCUGGAAAGCCACCUCCUCUUACAGCAGGAAGGACUACUCUGGUGAGUACACCGUGUUUCUGAUCCCCUGUACCGUGCAGCCAACCCAGUCCUGGACUGACCCUGGAGACAAGCCUCUGUCCUGCACAGCCCACGCCCCAGAGAAGUUCCAGUUACCUAUAGCCUUCCAGCAGACCAACCGGCCCGUUCCAGUGGUAUACUCCCUCCACACAGAGUUUCAGCUGUGCAACAAUGAGAAGGUGUUCAUGAUGUACCCAGCCAUCUCCGACAUAUCCAUGGCUGAGAUGGACUACAAGGGAGCCUUCUCUAUGGGCCAGACGCUGUAUGGCAGGGUGCUGUGGAACCCAGAGCAGAACCUGAACUCAGCCUACAAGCUGCAGCUGGAGAAGGUGUACCUGUGUACGGGACGUGAUGGAUUCGUGCCUUUCUUCGAUCCCACGGGGACUCUGUACAACGAGGGCCCUCAGUACGGCUGCAUCCAGACCAACAAACACCUCAAACACAGGUUCCUGAUUCUGGAUCGGAAGCGGCCUGAAGUCUGUGACAGGUUCUUCCAUGAUGUUCCCUUCGAGGCCAACUUUGUGUCGGAUAUCACCGAACUACAGACCACGACAGCCAUGCCUGGUGUUGAUGGUUUUACCAUGAAGGUUGAUGCCCUGUACAAGGUGGAGGCGGGACAUCAGUGGUACCUGCAGGUGAUCUAUGUGAUUGGUCCAGAGUCCAUCUCUGGCCCUAGGAUCCAGCGUUAUCUGACCCAUCAGCUUGCACACAGCAGCGACAUGGUGCGGGCUCGCAGGGACCAGACCAACCAGCUGAGGCGAAGCAUUGACUACAGCCGCGCUCGCCGGGACCUGGUGGACCAAAGCGGGCAUCUCACCCUCGACGAGUCUCUGAUCUAUGAUAACGAGGGCGACCAGACGAAGAAUGGAACCAACAUGAAGAUUCUCAGACUCGAGGUCCCCGUUGCCUCCACAUUUAACCCCCAGAUGGGAGGAUCUACGGGCGGGGGCGUGGCUGCGCUGACCCUUCUGGUCCUUGUCCUGCUGGGUUCCUUUUUACUCUUCAGGAAGUGCCGACGGUCGGCUGGAAAGAAGCCGUCCAAGAUGGCGGAGGAGUACCCUCUGAACACCAAGGUAGAGGUCUAUCUAGAGAAGACCCUGGAGAAGAGCUUCAGCUCUAAACACUGCACAGUCAGGAACAUCAACCUCAACAUCAACCGGAAUCACGACAACGUCAACUCUAAGGCCAACGUCAACUCUAAGGUCAACGGAGGGGCAAAGGCCAACGGAGCGGCGAAGGUCAAGCAGGUCAACCUGGAGGUCAAGCUCCACAACAACCUCGGCAAUGACGGCACUGAGGUCUGAGGAUCUCCCGCCUCCCUCCGGUGUCUCCACUAGCUAGAUUAUUUUUCUAGACAGGGCGACAAAGGCCCCCAAAACUAAGACCCUGGUCCUCCUCAACGUGUCAGUUUAUACCAGUAGAAGUAGCAGUUCUACACUUCACCUACUCAUAGGGGAAAGAUUGUCAAAAAUAUCCUGAAAUUAUGGAGUAUUUAAUGACAAAUCUAAAAUAAAUCUUGUUUAGAGUUCAGGAAUAAUAUAUUGUUCGCUAAUGAUUUUUUAUACGACCUUGAUGUGAGAUAAAAAUAAAAAAAUGUAACGCGUUUUUGACGGCCAGCUAUGCAGCAUUUAUUCAAAUCAUUUCACACCUGGGCUACCUCAGGAAUAGAGAAAUUAGUGAACUAUUGCAUUAAACAGGAUUCAGUUUUUCCUCAUUUAAAAAAAACUGAAUCGUCAUCGUUGAACGACGACCAUAGACUUUGGGAUCAGUCAGGUGAAAUCUGCUGCCUUGUUUUUCAACAACAACGCCAAACUGAUCAAUGUACGCUAGGUUGCUAACAUCGCCAAACUGAUCAAUGUACGCUAGGUUGCUAACAUCGCCAAACUGAUCAAUGUACGCUAGGUAGCUAACAUCGGCAAAAUGAUCAAUGUACGCUAGGUAGCUAACAUCGCCAAAAUGAUCAAUGUACGCUAGGUAGCUAACAUCGCCAAAAUGAUCAAUGUACGCUAGGUAGCUAACAUCGGCAAAAUGAUCAAUGUACGCUAGGUAGCUAACAUCGCCAAAAUGAUCAAUGUACGCUAGGUAGCUCAGGGACUUUUUCUGCAGAUUGUCUUGAAUAGUUUAAAUAGUUCAGAUAUAUCUCUGCUUGAUAAUUUCAUUGCCACAACUGCUAUGAAAGUAUUGAACACACUAAUGCCCCCAAUCCUAACUCCACUUUCAUUCACCAUGCCGUCAAUUCAUAGAAAGAAUGUUAGGAUUCAGGCCCACGGUGAGUUAUGAUCUGUUGUCCACAACUGAAAUAGUAGUGUGUUUAUUAUAUACACUGAGUGUAGAGAACAUUAGGGAACACCUUCCUAAUGAGUGUCACCCCCUUUUGCCCUCAGAACAGCCUCAAUAUGUUGGGGAAUGGACUCUUCAAGGUCUCAAAAGCAGUGAUGCUGGACCACAGGGAUGGUGGACCACAGGGAUGGUUAACCACAGGGAUGGUGGACCCUGGAUGCCCUUUGAGUGGUGAACCACCGGGA